AUGACCGGGGGGUACUUUGGACAGAAAGAAAUAUCCGCCUUGUCCGGAGCUCAGUCCCAAUUCCCGCAACAGAAGGCAAACAGAAAAUUCAAAGACAUCACUCGUAAUCGGAGCGACUUGAAUUUUGGGGUUUUCCCGCUAAAGUUCGCUCAAAGACGUCCUCAAAGCGAGGGUGGCGGGUACAAGGGUGGCUCGGGUACCAUGGGGGCAGCACUGGGGUGGAGAGCCGGUCCUUUCCGAGGGUCUGAAAGGGAUUUGCCUUGGGAUCUGAGCCCACACUUAUACAAAAUGUUCAAUAUGGGUCCCUCCGACCCUCGGGGCAAGUACCUAGGCCGGAACCACCCGCCGUAA